AACGUUUGAAGUGCGUGUCUUUAUUAGUUCAAUGUUGUGUUCUUAUGGUCAGUAUUGAUAGCCAUCUGAACCAGAUCUAACUGACAGUAGAUGAGACAGUCCAAAUGAAUGAAUGAAUUGUACAGAAGGAUGAUUGAGGGACCUAAGAAGGCUACAUUAGCCUACAUGUGCCGUAUAAAUAUAUAUAAACACAUAAAACCUAUAAAUACAAACCAAACUACAAAUUGGAUAAGGUUAGGGUAGCCUACUAGCUAUUUUCUUCUACGGGUGUUAACAAUUACAUAAUUAAAUUGGCCUUAAUGCUAUGACAUAUCUGAAUAUAGGCAAGUGACUGUUGCAUGUGUGUGCAAAACAGGCAGUUUCUUCCCUAAUUUCUCACGUUGCACUACAAUGCUCCAAACACUUAUGUUAUUGAGUUUUGGCCAUAGUGAAAGCCCAUACUGAAUCAUUACCUAGACUUAGGCCUAGCCAACCACUAGAGAGCAGAGGAGGCGACCACAUAUUUUCUACCAAACUGUGAGAAACUGCUGUGGUUAUAGUGGCCACAAACAAAACAUCUAAUACAAUCAACUCAACUGCAGUUAAUGUUAAUUCCAGUUCCACUCUGGGAAAACGUUUUAUUAUAUUGAUAUCACUGGCAUCUAGGAAAAUGACACACUGUGACAUUGUUACCUGAUUUACUUUCAAUUUAUAUUUUCAAACAUUGUUAUUGUGGUAGGGAAUUCCCUGCCCAGAAAAGUAUAAAAACACAGAGAUGAAGCAAGACACACAAAAUAAUUAGGAUAAACCAAGGAUAUACAUUGUUACUACCAUGAUGCCAAACGCCAAGCUUUGUGAGUAAUCUAUAGCAUAUAUAUCUUUCUCUUCUAACAAAAGUAUUGUUAUUAAGUAGGUAGCCUAUUUAUUAUUUGCUUAAAGUUAGAAUAGGUCAGGUUAUCUGAGAAUAUUUUUUUCCUGCAUGAGAAUAUUGCAAAAUCAUCUAAACAUUAUUGGCAUAUUAUUGACAAAUGUAUUUGUUUUGAAAGUUUAAGUUUUAAGUAUUUGUUCUACGUUGUUCUUGAACCUGUCAGAUUUUGCCACUUGGCUGCUCUUGGUUGCGCUCACUUGUUCUCUCUGGCACGUGAACAUGUCCAGCUCAGUGGUGUCGCGCAACCGCCCGAUAACUGACAACUGUCUUACUACUGCGCAAACACUACUUUGGAACAUCACGGACGCACUUGCACAGGAACACCUGUUCAAAGGAAUAAACUGCACGGACCAGGGUAUGGAGUUGAACACGAGAACACAAACGGUGCAAGUGUGUUCGCCAAAGACCAAAAGCACUCAACAGCACUCAACAUGUUCCAGAGUGACAAAUGUAAAGUUUGAUCAGGACAAGUGUCUGAGGAACAUUGAGGAGGAUCUGCGUUGUUAUAGUGACAUGCUACAAGCUAUUGACCCUAAACUGCUUGGACCCAAUGUGUUGCAGAGCCUCGGAGAGAUUAAGGAGAACUGCUUCCCCUCAUCUUGGUUGGGAGUCUGGUCCUCACAGCAGGAUACACAAGGUUGUAGGCCUACUCAAGGUACUGCUAACCACAAUUCCUUUGAUGAAAGAGUACAUUUGUGUAAAGUGCUGAAGGGGCUCCAGGUUCGCACCGUAACCAUCAACAGAAUCAUUGGAUAUAUUCAUGCUGGAGAUCACAAUAUGUAAGUUGGCAUGUCAUCAUGGACCUGGCAAGCCCCUACGCUGUUGGAGACUAUUCCUCAUCGCCAUCAUCGUCGUCAUCACCAUUCUCCCAAGGGAAAAAUAAUAGUUUCCAUGACCAUAACAAAGUUGCCUUGUCCCGUGGACAAGUGUUCUUUAAUGUUGUCAUCAAAUAACAGUCUGAUUAAGCUAUUGAGGAUUUAGAAUUUACAGGAGUCAAAUAUUUAUGACUUAAUAUAUAAGUAUUUAAUCUAAGUAUUUAUUUGUUGAUUUUUUUAAACUUGAAAAGCUAAAUAAUAUUAAAUGUGAUAUUUAUUAUCAACCUAAUGGGUUGUAUUAUUUAUUUGCCUAAUUUAUGAUUUAAAAAUAUUUAUUUUCUACAUAUCAAUAUAACUUAUUUCAAUGUUUACACAGUUUUUGUUUGAACAUCUCCAAAAUAAAAUGCAUUUAAGAAAUUAAUUAAAAUAGCCUAAUGCCAGCUGUUUUAUUUCUCUCUUUGUUUUCAUGGUAUUUUACUCAAACUCUCUAUCUGUUUGUAUGUGUGUGUUUUGCAGUUUUUACUAUCCUUGUGAGGACCAGAAGUCCUCACAAAGUUAGCAAAACAAUGAAAAUUUGGACAAGUGGAGACAUAUCACUGGUCCCCAUUAUUUUAGUCUUAGGGGUUUAGGGUUACAAUUAGGAUUAGGGUUAGGGGUUAAGGUUAGAGUUAGGUUAAGGGUUAAGGAAAAUAGGAUUUUGAAUGGGAAUAAAUUGUUUGGCCCCCACAAGAAUAGUGUGUGUGUGUGUUGCCAUAUAUAGUCAAUACAUUAAACUGAGUUAAAUGAUGGGAAACAGUAAGAUUUAUUUCCAGGAAAAUACACAGUGGUAACCCCAUAUCACUGAUUUGGGUGGUGCCCAAACCACCCAAUAUGCUCGUUCUUGUAGGCACUGGUCAAUUCACUUGGAAUCAUAGCCUACUGUAACUGUGUGGAAUAUGUGGGCGGUUAUUUUGAGGCCGAAGUGAAGAGAGAAAGUUCAGAAACGACCAUACAUUUGUGUAGGCGUAUAGAUUAUGCAGACAUGAUGACAUGUACUUACUACUUAGGCCUUCCUAUACUCUAUUAUCGGGGUGGGGGUGGUAUGGUUUUAACUGAACACAGCCAAGUGACUCCCUCGCAUUGGUCCUUUUUUCACUCUCGAGAAACGUGAGCCCGCAUGCAGUCGAAAAGGCUGAUUGACACAUUGUUCGAAAGUCAGAUUUUUGCAUUCGGUUUGAGCUCACAAAUGGCCUAAUGUUCGGCUAUAUUGGCCUAUGUUCUUCCCAUUAUUAGUAGCUAGGCCAGGGCGGACAAGUGCAAUAAUAAGUUCUCCUUCGGGUAAUAAAUGUCUUACCUCAAUAAAUUCAAACAGGUGUGAAUUUAUAAAGACUAUGUUGACGAGGAAUAACAUGUCUAUUUGUGGGCAUUGUUGGAUGUUUUCGAACGAUAACCAUGCUAGGUUUAUGUGAUAGGCACGAGGACAAGGUUGGUACAUUAGACUGCACCGUCGGUGAAGGGGUGCGGUUGGUCAGCAAUUUAAUGGAGUUGAGAAGAUGGCGAGUACAAAGCAGUCUAUAUUUUGUAUAUUUGUAUUACGACAUGCUGCCUGGCCAUAACAGCCUACACAGACAAAUAUCAGUCAUUUUCAUUCAAUGGAAAUGUACCACUGACACCCAGUGGAAGGU